AUGUCCCCAGGGCUGAAAAAUGUUAUCAUUGUCGGGGCCGGCCCUGCUGGGCAGCUGCUAGGGCUGCUUCUGGGUCGGGACGCCAUUCCCGUUACGAUCGUCGAGCAGACAUUGGAGCUCGACGAUAAGCCCAGAGCCACCCACUACGCUCCACCGGCGAUGAAGGUCCUGAAUCGCGCCGGCCUGGGGAGCGACCUGCGGAAAUACGGGUUUCUUCCCGAUGGAGUUGCAUGGCGCAAGCCAGACGGGACGCGCAUUGCGGGCAUCAGCAACGAGAUUGACGGUGAUGAUCCAGAUCGCAUGGUUGCACUGCCCUUGUGCGACCUGGCGCGGUUGAUCUACGAUCACUCGAAGCAUCUACCAUCCGUCACGUACCUGUUUCAUCAUCGGGUGACAGCAAUCGGUCAGGACGAUUCCCGUGCCUGGGUCGACGUCUACUACGACUUUAGUCGCUUUGGGUACUCAGACUCCAACUUCAUUCUAGACUCAAAGGACUGGUUCAUGGCGGCCAAAAUCACCAAAGAUGGCCUAUGGCGUGUAACGUAUGGUGAAGCUACGGGCUCGACCCCCGAAGAGAUUCUCGGCAGGCAGCCGGAGAGGUUUAGAAGUAUACUACCUGGACACCCUAAACCGGACGAGUACAAGCUCGUCAGUAUCAGCCCAUACAAGGUCCAUCAACGGCUAGCCAAGAGAAUGAUUGCCGGCCGGAUUUUGCUCGCUGCAGAUGCAGCGCACCUCUGCAACCCCUUUGGGGGUCUCGGCCUCACCGGCGGCAUCGUCGACGUCGAAGGCCUCUACGAGUGUUUGUCCGGGAUACAUCGCAAUAAGGCGAGCCGGAGCAUUCUGGAAGUCUACGACCAAGUGCGGCGACAGAAGUAUCAAGACAUUAUUGACCCGAUAUCCAGCGAGAAUUUGCGACGCAUGUUCAGCGUCCACCCCGACGAGGUGCUGGCUUCCGACCCGUUCCUCAAGCUUUGCAAAGAUGCUGAAUCGGAUCAAGAAAAGCUGAAGGAACUGAGCAAGGGCGCACAAGCACUGGGCUAUGACUUUACGAAGCAUUACACUUCUGGAGAUGGUGGUGUAGGAGGGGGACUAGGCACUCGUCUUUAG